AUGUCUUCGCCGCCGCCUAUCGAUUUCCCCACCUCCGAACUUGACGCUGAGAUGGAGGACGGCACUGCUGGACCGGCAGCGCCGUCGUCCCCUGCGAACCCACUUUUCUUGCCAGGAACGCCGUCAGCUGCAGGCACACCAGCCAGGCAGCGAGCUUCAGCAGCGCCGAACAGCACCCCGCUGAGGGGCUCUGUAGCUCGUAGGGCAUUGGGAAUGGCCACCCCUAAGAGAACACCAUUAUUUUUGGCUGGGAGUUCCUCGCCCGUUGCCUAUCCAAGUUCCUCGCCUGCAAAGACCCCCCGCAGGACCGUGGAAUUUGCUGAUUCCGACCCUUUGGACUUCCCUUCGAGCCCCGCUGCUGCACCCACCACUCCAAGGCAUCGCCGAGGAGACAUUCAUCCCUCGAUUUCCAUAACUCCAACCAGCUCUGCUAGGCGCCAGCGAAGGACGCCUACUACUGCCACUCGUAACAUCAGCGAUCUCAGCUCCGAUGUCCUCGACGUACCCAUGUCCUCAGCACCCAACCUUUCAGCAGCAGCAGCACCCUCCGACGAGCCAGAUGAGAUUCGAGCUAUCUGGGGUACCACCGUCAACCUCACGGACACGAUGAAGACCUUCCGCGAUUUCCUCCAGGGGUUCAAGCCCAAGUACCGUGCAUCUUACGAUAGGGAUCAUGGUAUCCGAACCCGCGCUUUCGCCACCCCACAAGAAGCUGAAGUUGUGCUCUACGAAACCUACCUUCGACGCAUGCGCAGGACUGGAGAGACCAAUUUGAACCUCGAUAUCGUGAAUUUGUUGGCAUACCCACCUGCCAAGAAGCUUCACGGCCAACUUAUCAAGUAUCCUCAGGAAGUCGUUCCUGCAAUGGAUCAGGUUCUGAAGGAUCUCAUGAUCGAAAUUGCGGAAAUUGACCAUCAAGCUGGGGCAGAGGGAAUGGAGGGCCAGCAGGGAGAAGAAGAGAUUGCCGACAUCAUCAGCAAGGUUUACAAGAUUCGGCCGUUUGGCCUCCCUCCUGUCAAUAUGCGAAUGUUGAACCCGACAGAUACCGACAAGCUCGUUUGUAUCAAGGGUCUCGUCAUUCGUGCAACUCCUGUUAUCCCUGACAUGAAAGUAGCGUUUUUCCGCUGCCUGACAUGCCAACACACUGUCCAGGUUGAGAUUGACCGAGGCAAGAUUGAAGAACCCUCUCGCUGCCCCAGGGACGUUUGUGCAUCUGUGGGCACCAUGACUCUCAUCCACAACCGCUGCGAGUUCGCUGAUCGUCAAGUUAUCCGUCUGCAAGAGACACCCGACGCAGUACCCGAUGGUCAAACUCCCCACACCGUUUCCCUCAGUGUUUACGAUGAACUUGUCGAUGUCGCCAAGCCUGGUGACCGCCUGGUCCUGACGGGUAUCUUCAGAAGCAUCCCUGUCCGCGUCAACCCUCGCCAGCGCACUCUCAAGAGUUUGUUCAAGACCUACAUCGAUGUCGUGCACAUGAAGCUAGGGGGAGGUGGCUUGAAUGUGGACAGGUCCACUCGACCAGCCAAUGGGGAUCGACCCGCUGGUCUUCGUGGCGUCGGCGAUGGCGAAGACGAAGACGAGCAGGAAGGAGAGCACAGUCGAAAGGCAGAGCUCGAGAACAAACUCAGAGAGCUCAGCCAACGUCCCGACAUCUACGAUCUCCUUUCUCGCUCCGUUGCCCCUUCGAUCUGGGAGAUGGACGACGUCAAAAAGGGUAUCUUGUUGCAACUCUUCGGAGGUACCAAUAAGAGUGUUGCACGAGGGGGUGGAGGCGGUGGCCCGCGCUACCGCGGCGACAUCAACGUUCUACUUGUUGGUGACCCUGGUGUCUCUAAAUCACAGAUUCUCCAGUAUGUCCACAAAAUCGCCCCUCGAGGAGUAUAUACUUCAGGAAAGGGAUCCUCCGCUGUGGGUUUGACAGCAUAUGUCACCCGCGACCCCGAUUCUAAGCAGCUGGUUUUGGAGAGUGGUGCCCUAGUGCUCAGCGAUGGCGGUGUCUGCUGCAUCGACGAGUUCGACAAGAUGUCCGACGCCACUCGCAGUGUGCUCCACGAAGUCAUGGAACAACAAACUGUGUCUAUUGCCAAGGCUGGUAUCAUCACCACUUUGAACGCUAGGACGUCUAUUCUAGCCGCUGCCAACCCCGUCGGCUCAAAGUACGACGUCGAACAACCGGUCACCAAGAACAUCGACCUCCCUCCUACGCUCAUUUCUCGAUUCGAUCUACUCUACCUUGUUCUUGACCAGGUUGAUGAGAAUUUGGACCGAAAGCUGGCCCAGCAUUUGGUUAGCCUUUACCUUGAAGACAAACCAGCUGGCGCUGGCCAGGACACUCUCCCUCUGCAUGAACUAUCCGCUUAUAUCGAUUAUGCCCGAGACUACAUCCACCCCGUAAUCACAGAGGAAGCCGGUGCUGAACUCGUCUCGGCCUACGUCGAGAUGCGCCGUCUCGGUGAAGAUUCGCGCAGCAGCGAGAAGCGAAUCACGGCCACCACUCGACAGCUUGAAAGCAUGAUCCGUCUCUCCGAAGCACACGCCCGAAUGCGCUUCUCGCAUGAAGUCCAGGUUCAAGAUGUGAAAGAGGCGAACCGGUUGAUGAAGGAAGCUAUCAGGACGAGCGCGAUGGACCCUCGAACUGGCAAGAUCGAUAUGAGCUUGCUGAACACUGGUACCGGUUCUGGCCAGAGGAAGCUGAGGGAGGACAUGCGGAAGGCUGUGUUGGAUAUGUUGAAUGGAUCAAGUAGGAAUGUGAAGUGGUCGGAUGUGAUCAAGCAGCUGAACGAGAACAGCGGGACCAAGAUUGACCCCAGCGAGUUCGCGGAGGUUAUCAAGGGGUUGGAGAACGAGGGUGUGGUCAAGGUUGUCGGCGAGAGGGAGAGGAGGGUGAUCCGUAAGAUGGACUAG